AUUCUGUGGUACACAAAGAAGAUGUUUUUGCUGCCUCUGUAAGCACAAAAAGGGAAGAGGAAAAUUGGUAAAGGCAGUGUGGAUAUGACUUGAAUUUUUCAGCAGGCUCUCCACACUAUUACUAGGAGUGAAGAAUUAUCUCCUUCCAGAUAGUUUUCCAAUAACUUCAAAAAGGAAUUAAGGUUGAAAUAACCUCUUUCUGACCAGAAAGCUGGUUGGGAGAUGCCUCACGAUGGAUAAAGCCAUUCAGCACCCCAGUGAGAUCCUAUCCAAUCAAACUAUCUCUAACUUUAGCUUUUCUCAGUUUUUGAACUUUGACACAUGCCAGCUUUCCUUCCUUGCAGAGUUCUUGCUUAUCACAGCUUACACGUUAGUUUUAGUGGUGGGGCUUUUUGGAAAUCUUUGCUUGAUUAUUAUAAUAAAGAGACGGAAAGAAGCUCAAAAUGUUACCAACAUUUUGAUUGCCAACCUCUCUUUAUCAGAUGUCUUGAUCUGUAUCAUGUGUAUUCCUGUCACAGUUGCAUACACCUUAAUGGACCACUGGAUAUUUGGGGAAGCAAUGUGUAAAAUGGGUUCUUUCGUACAAAGUUUAUCUGUCUCAGUCUCCAUUUUCUCACUUGUACUCAUUGCUGUUGAGAGGUACCAGUUAAUUGUGAACCCACGUGGCUGGAAGCCUAAUAUUUCACAUGCUUACUGGGGGAUUCUUCUCAUCUGGGCGCUUUCCCUCGUGAUAUCCCUUCCUUUUUUAAUAUUUCACCAAUUAACAGAUGAGCCCUUCAAACACCUGUCUUUCCACAGUGAUUUCUACAAGAACAAGGUUGCUUGCAUCGAAGCAUGGCCAUCUCUUACAGAGAGACUGAUUUUCACCACCAGCCUGCUGGUUUUCCAGUACUGCUUCCCACUGGGGUUUAUUUUUAUCUGCUACCUCAGGAUAUUUGUAUGUCUUCGAAGGAGACGCUUUAAAAUAGACAGGAUGAGAGAGAACGAGAGCAGGCUGAGUGAAAGCAAAAGGAUUAAUAUGAUGCUGGUAUCAAUUGUUGUGACUUUUGCAGCUUGCUGGCUGCCUCUCAAUAUAUUCAAUGUGGUUUUUGACUGGAACUACGAGGCGCUAAUGAGCUGCAAUCACAACCUGGCAUUUACCAUCUGCCACCUCGUGGCCAUGAUCUCAACGUGUAUCAACCCCAUCUUCUAUGGAUUUCUGAACAGGAACUUUCAGAAGGAUUUGAUGGUAUUAGCUCACCACUGCAGAUGCUCAGCAUCACAGGAGGAAUAUGAAAAUAUUGCCCUUUCAAAUCUGCCAACUGAUGCAUCUAAGGGGUCUCUGAAAUUAAAUAAUCCCCAUGUGGAGAUAUAAAAUAAUCCAGCAGCAGUUUCCAAAAUUUUGUGUUUUGUUGCAGACGGCCUCUUUCUGUAGGUCUUGGUCAUGUUACCAUCAAGUUUGGAGGAAGUUCUUACAUUUAAUUCAGCAAAAUCAGGAUUAUGCUUCCAUAGGCAUACUCUUAACAGGUACUUAAUGAUAGUGUUAAUGCUAAUAAACCACUUCCAAGAGUCAUAAAGAUCAAUAAUAAGGAAUUAUAAACAGUAUUAGCAUCUUACUUUUUUAAUCCACAGUUUCAAAGUCACUGGCAUCCAACCUUGGCUCCAAAAAAUCAUUUCCAUUUCAGCCAUUGAUGGAAUGUCCUCCCUGAACACCACUUUCCCCCAAGUAAACCCUGAACCCUGUGGUGUUCCUAACUUCAGCAGCCUUUCUCACAGUUUUACAGCCUUUUGAUUUUCCUGCCCUACACUGAUCCCAGCCCUGGUUAAUCUGCAGGUUACAGACAGUUCACACUGUAAGGAAGGCCCUUGAAUUUAUCCUAACCCUCCACCACCUUCCUUUCAGCCCCAGCACGCAGUUUGUUUUGCUUUAGUACCAGUCCAGCCCAGAAAUCAUAUUUUAAUAAGGGAAAAGGCUAGAGUUGGAAUUCUAUUUUUUUUUUAUGAGCACUAAAACAGUUGAAAACUUGAUUUGCCGCAAAGAUGUCUUCACUGAGAUUGUUCUUGCUGUUCAAGAUGAAAUACAUAUUUAGCAUUUCUCCUAAAAGCAUUGCAUUCUCCAAACCACCAGCACAGAUCAUUGCUUUUGCUCUUACCAUCACCACUGGUCCCUACAAUAGACCUUUUAGAAUCUCCAUUAUCAAACAAACACUAUGAAUUUAGAGUAAAUUUUGUUUUAGCUACUUACCCAGAUUUCUCUUUGAGUAGAAAAUUAGGUUUGCAUCUUCAUUGCAGCAAUAUCUUUCUCCACAUUUCUG